CAACAAUUUACAUGUUAAAUUCCAAAGAUGUGGGCUGCGGCAACUCUAUUGAAACGCUCGGCGUUGGCGGCACGUCCCACCUUGACUUCAUCUCGCGCCUUCCAUGCAUCCCCUCUUCUGCUCAAGCGGAAGGAUGGAGCGUCUGCGUCCGUGGUGAAGAUCCCCCGGCAGUUCUCGAAAACGUUGACGAAGCAGGAGAAGAAGAAAAAGGACAUCUCGCGCGGCCACAAGGACGUCGCGGGUCGGAUGCGCGACGUCAAACGCAAGCAAAAGCAGCUGAUCAAACACGAAGCCGCGUACGCAGAGUUUGAGCAGGACGAAGCGCUCCUCAAGGAGUACGACCUGGCGUUCGAAGAAACCAUAAAUUCGGGUCGCCAUCGCGAGUACGUGUACAACGACAUCAUGGACUUGACGCUGCGCGACUUGAACCCCGACGAGGUGGCCGAGUCGUUUUACCGCCUCAAGUCGAAGGACCAAACCAUCGACCUCCUGCACGACCUGCUGCGCGUGUAUGCGAUCCACAAGCGCGUCGACGAGACCGAAGCCAUUCUACACCAGUUGGAGCAACACACUGACGGUCCCAUUCCACCACCACCUUCUUCUCCAUCCUCCUCCGACGACGACAUCUCGACAUCCGAAGACGCGCUCCAAGUCGUGCCCAAGACCCGCAAGCUAUCCCCGCGCCUGAAACCCAAUGAACGCACGUACGGAUACCACAUCGCGGCGCUGGCCGAGACGAAGCAAGCCGCCAAGGCCGUGCGCGUGAUGGGGCACAUGAAGGAAGUUGGGGUACCCGUGACGUUGCAAACGUACAACGCCGUCAUGCAAGCAUGUACCCGAAGCGGUCGUCCCGACUGGGCUUACAACAUUUUCGAAAAGAUGCAAGCAAACGGGUUCCAGCCGAGCGUGGUGUCGUUUACGAUCCUCAUGAACGCGUCCAUCGCCGUAGGGGACAUGGAUCGCGCGUUCGAAACGUUUCAUAUCAUGCGUGCCCACGUUGCCCAGCCCAGCUUGAUCACGUUCAACUCGCUCAUUCACGGAUAUGCCAAGAUUGGCCGGGUCGAGCGCUGCAUCAACCUGUUGGAAGACAUGCUGAGUUUGCAAAUCUCGCCCAACAACGUCACAUACGCGAGUCUGAUCCACGCGUGCUCCAAAUCCUUCCAUUAUGCGCACAAGUCGUGGGAAUUCUUUUACGAAAUGCAAGACAACUACGAUAUCAUCCCGGACACGGUCGUGUACAGCUACAUGUUGAACGCUGCAGCUCGACACGGCGACCUCCGCAGCGCCGACAAACUCGUGUACCUCAUGGACAAGCACCAAGUGCCCCAGACGAAAGCCAUUCUCAUCUCGCUGCUCAACGUGUACGCCCGCGCGCAAAUCAAGUCGGUCGUGAGACGAGCCAAGUGCAAUAUCCCGCCCCCGGACUCACUCGAGCCAAUCAUUCCGACCACGCGGCACUCGGAACUCGAGUGGGAUGACCAAGGCCAGCUCAUUGACCUCGAUCGCCCCGGCAAACAAAAUGUCUAUUCCAACCACAAUAUGGGCUACGACGAAGGCGAAGAAUCCGACUCGGACGACGAAGACGAUUACGACGACGAGGACAGCUACGAUAGCAUGGCAGGCGACGACGACGACGACAGCCUCAGCCGCGUGAAAACCAAAGGCUUGUCCCCUGCAGACCAAGAAAUCCUCAAGAAAUAUUUGGUGGACCGCAAGCCCAUCCCCGUGCCCAAAUAUUUGUCCGGGCCGCCCCCUCCCCCAGAGGACGAAGACCCGGCGGACGUGGACGCUCUGGCGUGGAACCCCCUGCCGCUGGAAGAAUUCAAUCGGUUCCAAAACGCCAACCGAGACCAGGCUCUUACCGUGUACAACAAGUGCCUGGAAUUGCAUGGCCCGUCCGUGGCUUUGCUCAACAACAUGCUCAGCGUCCACGCGAACGCGCUGCGCCUGCAGACCGCGCGCCAAUUCGUGGCGGAAGAAUUCGCCAAACACAAUUUGAAGCCCGACGUGUUUACGUACCGCAGCCUCAUGCGCAUGUACACGCGCGCCAAGCGGCCCCAGAUGGCCAUCGACUGCGUGGCCGAACUGCACGCCAACGGCAUCAAACCGGACGCCACGUUCUACGGGUACCUGGUCGACUACUUUGCGUGUCAGCGCAAGCUCCGCAGCGCCAUGGAAGUGCUGGAAGAGAUGGACCGCCACGGCCUGUCGCUGCCCGAAGCCAACGCAUUCGUACUGCGAAAACUGGUGAAAAAGUAUGGCAUUUACACGGAACUGCUGUCGGAAGACCCAAACGCCAUCCACAGCAUGAGCCACGCCGACCUCAAGGACAUGCGACGCACGCGCGCGGCCGCGAUUGCAGACAACGUCAAGUACAACCGCAAGUUUUACAUCCCCCGCCGGUCGCAAGCAGAAGUGUAGAAACAGUCAGUAUGUGCAAUAUAGCUUACCUUUCUUAUAAGGUGGUCAAGCCA